GUAGAGUGUAGGAAGUACAUAACAGCAUGGGCUGAUCUCUGCAGUCUCUACAGAACUGAGGCCAGAAAAAAUGAGUCAAAGAAGAUCUUCUAUAACUCUUCCACCCACCAUCAAAGACUGGACACGAGAGGAUGUCCAUCAGUGGCUUUCCCAGGAAGUUCAUGUUAAUGAGAAAUAUGCUGAUAUACUGUUAGAAGAGGAAGUAGCUGGAAUUGAGCUACUGUCUUUUAAAAAGAAAGAUCUUCUUGAUCUUGGUCUAAAGCAUGGCCCUGCUGUAAGAAUCAUUGAUAUGCGAGACAAAUGGAAAAAUCAGCCACCACAGACCAGUCAGUCAGGUUUAGUAGGGCAUAAUAACACAUCUGACACAGAGGCAGCUUCUUUUUGCCUUACAAAAGGCCAUGCAAAUGUGUUGGAAGCUGAAGACAAACCUUGUGCUGCAAAAAACAAACCAGAUGAGAGACGAACAAAACAUGACGUCAUACCCAAGUCACAUUUGAUCACCAGUUCCAUUAAACAUCAACAGAAGGACUCUUCAGAUGCACAAUGUCCAGUUAUCACCCAAAGGGCACGUGAUCAUAAAGAAUCCACAGUUACAUCUCUGACACAAAAUAAAAAUGCAAGGGUUUCAUCUAAACCUCUGGCAGCCCAGAGAGAGGAGACAAAAGCAAGUGACCCAGAGCAAGCUCAACAAAGCCAUGAGAAAAAGACAAGAGCUUUAAAGCAUCUCUGUGAUUUCUAUCCAUUUGACACCGUUGCAUCUCACAGAUAUAUCCAGCACAACAUCCUUCCACCAGAGACAGGGCCAGGGAAUUUGAUUACACCAGUACAUGAGUUCAAGUUCAUGGGAAGAACCGCUGACAUCAACAUUCUGAAAAGAAAAUUUAACCAGGAGGUUUUCCGGUUUGCAGCAGGAUGUAUGAAUAGUCGCACAAAUGGCACAAUCCACAUAGGAAUAGCAGAUUCCAAAGACACUGAUUUUGGCCAUGGAGAAAUAAUUGGAAUAAAGAUUGAGCAUUGUGAUGCAAUUAUUGAUCACUUCAAUAAUGGGAUUAAUUCAUAUUUUGAGGAGAAUUCUGAGGAUGCAAAGAAGUGUAUUCGACAGCCAAGAUUUGUAGAGGUGAUUUACUCAAACAUGACAUGUUCUGACCUCUAUGUUAUUGAAGUAGACAUUGUCCCAAGCCAUCACAUAACAUGUGACAAGACAUAUUACAUCCAGACACUAGAGAGCAAUAACAACUGGAAGAAGUCUAAGGAAAAGUCUUUAUUUGUGAGAGAGGGAGCUGCAACCAAAGAUAUUUGCUCUUCGAAUCCAGAAGUCUUCCGACGUGGAUUAGAGACAUUUAAGAGGAGCAUGACAAUGUUGGAUUCAAAAAGGGAACACAUGGAAAAGAGGCCUGAGCCUAAAGUCAACACAAAUCAAGGCAACAUACUACAAAACCUUCUAACCUGUGGUGAAAAAACCUUGGGUCACUAUGAACACUUUGUCAUAGUUACAAACAAGAGUUACCAAGAGCAGUUACAGCAUCUCCAGUUUUUGAAUUUGCUGAAAAUAUUCUGUGUUCUUGACUUCGACCCGGACUCUGCCCGUAAUGGUCUGUGCAGUGAAUACCGGAAGACCAGGGUUGCAAAUCUUCACACACCUGAGCAAUUUGAAGGAGAAGCUGGGACUGUGAUCAAAACACUCAAUUUGUACAAGCAAACUAGUUGGGUUUUUUGCAAUGGAAGAUUGGAUCUUGAUAUAGAGUCUAACAAACCACUGAACCCCAAAGAAUGGCUGGCCAAGAGAGCCAAUGGUGUGAACGAGGUCAUUAGAUUCAUCUGCAACCCUGACAUUCUCCCAAGGAAAAGAAGUAUUGUGGUGUUUCUCUUGUUCUCCACAGCUGAGGCCAUGAAUGAUCCAAUUUUUGAAACAUUCAUGUCUUUUUACAAAAAUCUAGGUGGGACACAGAACAUCAUCCAUAUUUGUGUAUCAGAAUGCGACUUUCCAAAGUGGAAAGACUUCAUCCAAAACAGAUGUGAAGUUGAUAUAACCAGACAAAGCAUAUAUGAACUGGAAAUGAGUGAAAUAAAUGGUUCCAUUAUGAAACUUGGACUGCACAGACAUGCAUCAGGAAGACUUUUACCAUCCACUGGUGAGAGCUCAGUAAUUCUUCACCAAAAGGAUGAAGAUCAAAUGACUGCCUUAAAUGUCCUCUGUGAAAAUGAAUGUGAAAAUGUGUAUGAGGAAGACAGUGAUGAAUUCCGUGAGUUCAAAAUGAAAACUGAGGAACAAUUCUACAAAGGAGAUAAAGUAAAAUGGUGGAACUUCUAUUUCUCAGAAAAACUCACUGCAAAGCCAUUCAUAAAAAGGGACAAAUUUGACAAGCUGACACAGCUGAUCAGGUCUCAAACCAAGAAUCCAACAAGCACAUGUGUUAUGGUAAAUCUGUUCCAUCUUCCGGGUUGUGGUGGUACCACUCUGGCCAUGCACGUCAUGUGGAGUCUGAGAAAAGAAUUAAGAUGUGCCGUGUUGAAAGACAACACUGCCUCAAAAGAAGAAGUGGCACAACAAGUUGCACAUCUGCUGAAAUGUGGUAAAAAUGAAAAAUCUUUUCCACCAGUGCUCUUGUUGGUGGAGGACUCAGUAGAAACAGAGAAUAGUCAAGAAUUACAGAGAUGUGUGAGAAAAACAGUGGAUGAAGUUUCUUCUAGUGCAUUAGUUGUUAUUCUGAACUGCCUGCGCUCAAAGAAUCCUAAGGACAUGUAUAAAGAUAGUAUGAUCGAAAGUCAGUAUCUCACUACAGAUCUUUCAAAGAUGGAGCAAGAUGCUUUUGUGGCAAAGCUCGAAGAACUAAAUGAAACUCAUGAAAAACCUGAGAAUUUCUACAGUUUCAUGAUCUUGAAAUCAAACUUCAGCCAAGAAUAUGUGACAGAUUUAGUAUCUAAUACCCUGAAAGGCUUUGACCUAGAACAUAAACAUGCACAGCUGCUGUCCUUUCUUGCAUUACUGAACUCUUAUGUGGCUGAGUCCAACAUAUCUGAAUCUCUGUGUGAUAUGUUUUUAAACAAUGAGUUUUUCUAUUGGGGGAAAAAGUCUGUUCUAGAGGGAAUGGAACCUUAUUCGUCACUGCUCAUUCAGCGAAAGGUUUCAGAACCUGGGAAUUACACAGCUAUUCGUGUUCUUCAUGUACGUAUUGCUACAGCCUGCCUUGAUGAACUGGAGACGAGGUACAACUCUCCAAGGUCUGAGGUUACCCUCAACUUGUUGCAUUGUGAUUUGUUUUUCAAAAGAGGCAUGGGAAAAGAUGCUCUUUUGCAGUCUAUCAAAAGAAUGCUAAUUACACGACAACGCAAGACAGAAGGAGAUGAACGAGACACGCUAUUUUCACCUUUAAUUGUGUACAUUAAGGAUGAGAAAAACAAUGACAAUGGAAUGACAAAGAUCCAAGAUAUCUUCACCAAAGCAUCUGAAAGGUUUCACAACGACUACACAAUUCCUCAGGCUUUAGCAAGACACUUGUAUCUAAAUGAAAAAAACUUCAAGUUGGCCAUCACCUGGGCAAAUGCUGCCAGGGACAUAAAGAAAAACUCCUACACCAUGGAUACAAUUGGUCAAGUUCAUAAAGUUGACCUGAAAGUAAAAAUCGAAGAACAAAAACAGCUGAAAAGGCCAACAAGUCCUCAAGGACUACAGAAAUAUCUGGAACUGGCCAGCAAAGCCAUAGAUGCUUUUCAGACAGCACAGGAUUUGGCAAAAAAUGACAAUGAUUUCAGAGACAUUGAUGAAGAGAUCGAAGACCAUAACAAGAAACGGAAAUUCUACAAUACAUCUGGAUAUAUGGGAGAACUAGAAAUAGCCAUGAUAGUAUUUGACAUAAUUUCCAAACUCCCUUUGUUCAAAGAUGAUGACCCCAUGAAGAAUAUGUACUUACAAAAUUUUUUAGAGGGAAAAAUGCGCAUAGCAAACAUCAGCUUUGAUCACACUACGGCCAAUGACGAAUUAGCAAGAAUUCUUCAUGAUCAUGAGCAUUUUAUAGCUUGUUUGAAACCACAGGUGAAAAAUGUGUUUUCCUUUUUUGAGAAGUACUUUACAUACACCAAAGGACGUACAUUUGAUCAAGGCCACGAAAUCAAGAACAGGCAACGGAUCUCUGAGUACUUCAAAAAGUACAUUUCACUGUUUUGUGCCACAUUUGAAGAGAGAUCAAGAGAACAAAAGGGCAGACCUCUUCUCAGCUUGAAUGCAAAAAUUGAAGAGUGCAGAAGGUUCCUGGAAGCCAAAAAAGCAGAAAGUUUUCCUGGACUGCUGCAAUAUCUUGAGAAUAAAAUGGGUAUCAUUGAGCAAGUAGUUGAAAAAUAUUCCUUUCUCUGUGAGAAGUCAGACAAUGUCAGAGAAAAAAUUAAUCACCUUCUGGCCACUCUCAUUCUCACACUGACCCUGCCCGAUUCAAAAUAUGCAAAAAGCCAAAAGGAAUUGACUAUACGUAUGAAUGAAAUUUUACAGGAUGUGGGUACACAAUAUCCACAUCCAGAGCCUUAUUACCUUGCACUGUUAUUGCUUUGGCCAGACACCAAAAAUGAGACAAACACAAACUUUGGUUUAUAUGCUAACUCUCUCAGGAACUCUUCUCGCAAGCAGUUGUCCUUUUUGUUCAAAAGGAGGAACACUAUCCCUCACUUUUUUUUGGGGAAAUCAAAAGGCCUAGAGAGACUAGUGCCCAAAGCUGCUCUCGACCAAUGUUUUGAUGGCGUCAGAGUGCGCAAUGCUCUUUGGCAGAGGGCUGAUGUUUUUAGAACCAAAGAAAUCCAAGACCGGCUUCUCAGAGUUGAUGGAAUAAUACAGCAAGGCAUGGUUUACACACAAUAUGGCACACUGCAAAUCCCAGUGCGGCCCACCUACCUGGGAGGAAUGAGUGCAUACAGUACAGAAAAAGUAACAUUCUAUGUUGGCUUUGCUAUUGAUGGACCUCUUGCAUACGAUAUUCAGUACACAGAUGAUGUUUAGCGUAUACAGAUAGCAUCUCAUUUAGGCUCCUCAAAUACAAACUUACAGCUUGGAAUAAAGUUAUCAGACUGACGCUUGACUGCUUAAAAUCC